AUGAAAUAUCCUUUACCACACCUCUUUACGAUGUUCGUCUUCAUCUCGACAUCUUUGGCUCAUCCACUUUUUGGUGGAAACUCCGUUUCUCAACCCACUCUGCACAAAAAACAGCCUCAGCCAAUACCCACCAUCGUGCAGACUCUAGAUCUGGGUCCAAAAGAAGUUCGUCCACCAUGGAGAGGACCUGAUCGUCGAGCAGAAAUUUUGACCAAUCUCGAGGUUGAAAAUACACCCGAGAAGAUCUCUACUUGUAGUUGCACUUGA